UGCGCGCUGUAGAGCCGCUUAGUGCUGAACACGCUCUCAUUGUGCUGCUCUGUUCAGAGAAUUCUGAACUAAACUCUUUCUUUUACAUCUGCACGUUUCUCUGAGUGAAUCAUGUCGGGGGUGAUCCGCGGCCCUGCCGGCAGUAAUGACUGCAGGGUUUAUGUAGGAAAUCUUCCUCCUGAUAUCCGCACUAAAGAUGUCGAAGAUGUGUUUUACAAGUACGGAGUCAUUCGAGAUAUCGAUCUGAAAAACAGAAGAGGUGGACCUCCGUUUGCCUUUGUCGAGUUCGAAGACCCGAGAGAUGCAGAGGAUGCCGUUUAUGCUCGAGAUGGCUAUGACUAUGAUGGCUAUCGGCUCCGGGUGGAGUUUCCCAGAAGUGGGCGCGGAAUGGGACGAGGAGGCUUCGGUGGUGGUGGUGGUGGCGGCGGCGGUGGUGGUGGUGGUGGCGGCGGCGGUGGUGGCGGCGGCGGCGGCGGCGGUGGGGCACCCAGAGGCAGAUACGGACCCCCGUCCAGGCGUUCUGAAAACAGAGUUAUCGUUUCUGGAUUACCACCAAGCGGCAGCUGGCAGGAUCUGAAAGAUCACAUGCGUGAAGCAGGUGAUGUAUGUUACGCUGACGUUUUCCGCGAUGGCACCGGUGUGGUGGAGUUUGUGCGCAAAGAAGACAUGACCUACGCUGUCAGAAAGCUGGAUAACACUAAGUUCCGGUCACAUGAGGGAGAAACUGCUUACAUCCGUGUGAAAGUGGACGGUCCACGCAGCCCGAGUUACGGAAGAUCAAGAUCCCGGAGCCGCAGUCGCAGCAGGAGUCGCAGUCGCAGCAACGAACGUAGCCGCAGCUACUCGCCACGACGAGGCCGAAGCUCCCCGCAGUUUGGGCUGGAGGCGAGGCUCAGUGGAUGCCAGCUCACUGGGAUCAGUUCAUAAUGAAGAUAGGAUAGGGAGUGCUGGAUACAUGGAACAGGAUCGAUUCUUCCAGGAUCAUAGGAUAUAACAUUUUGAACCCCCUCUCUAAAGUUCCCAUUUGGCUUUUUGUUUGGAACACUUUUUUUCCCUACAAUUUUGGCCAGUUAACACUGCAGAAGGAGAUGCUGGAGCGAAGUCAUUUGGGAUGGCGUCAACAGGAGCAGUCUGGUAAAGUGAGGGAUGUUUUGGGUUUUAAAUUGUACUCUGGCAUUGAUUUUUCUUAUCUUGAACAGUAGAACAUUACCAUUUAAUUUGAUAGCUUUUUUUAAUAAACAGUUGCCUCAAUAAAAAAAUGAAUGCAAGAA